AUGAGACAUGUACGAAAACUUACAAAGGAAGCUGAACACAGAGAAAAAUUAUUUAUCAAACGCCGCCUAUAUAAACAAGGGAAACCAGAUACGAGCAAAGUCUCCAGAUACGAUUUAAUUGGCCAAAACGGAUUUUACGAGAAAACGGAGUUCCGAAAGGCGUCAAACAAUGUCGCUUCAUCAUCUUCUUCGGAAGAUGAACAAUUUUUUGAAGCAUCAGAUAGCCAAUCGGGUUCAAGGAUACCGAGCAUAGAAGAGCUAGAAAAUUGCAACAAGUUGAACGCAACAUUUAGCGAACGCAUAAAUAAAUUAAACGAAGGCACAGCCCCUACCAAAGGAAUAGAGAAAGGUGUAGAACUGGAAAAGUAA